AUGUCGAAAAAUAUCAAAACUCCAACAAAUCAAAAAGUGCUCACAAAUGUGGCGGUGGUGCGAAUGAAGAAGACGGGAAAACGAUUCGAGAUCGCCUGUUACAAGAAUAAGGUGGUCAAUUGGAGAAAUAAGACCGAGAAAGACAUUGAUGAGGUACUCCAAACACACACUGUCUUCUCCAAUGUCUCCAAGGGUCAACUAUCGAAAAAGGAAGAAUUGAUCGCAGCGUUUGGAAUUGAGGAUCAGUUUGAGAUUUGUAAAAUUAUUCUCGACAAAGGAGACCUCCAAGUAUCGGAAAAGGAGCGUCAAGCAGCAUCGGAUCAAUCGCUGAAAGAAGUAUCCCAGCUAAUCGCCUCGAUGGUUGUGAAUCCCGAAACGAAACGUCCAGUUCCACCAUCAGUCAUCGAUAAGGCACUUCAGGAGAUGCACUUCUCACUUAAACCGAAUCGAUCAUCGAAACAACAGGCACUCGACGCGAUUCCGAAACUCCGAGAGACCAUCAAAAUCGAGAGAGCCAAAAUGAAGAUUCGUGUGGCGAUUCCAGUGAAAGAGGCGAAGGCGGUGCAUUUGAAGUUGAAGGCGUUGUUCAGUGAUGUGGAGCAGGAUGACUGGCAAGAUGGAAGUUUGGAAAUGGUCGGACUCAUCGAACCUGGAUCAUUCCGCGCACUGGACGACUUGGUACGAAACGAGACGAAAGGACACGGACGUCUCGAAAUUCUUAGUCUGAAGGAUGUGGUUGAGGGAGAACUUCAAAUCUCUUAA